AUGUCGAAUGAUAAAGGAUCAUUGGAAUGUCUCCCAAUCUAUUCAUUCUUCUUUCUGAAUGAAAAAGGCUUUAGCUUAUAUAAUGCUUAUAACCAAGAUGAAGUAAAAGAUAAAUUGGUUAUCAAAAUUGACCAAGAUGGUGAUCGAGCCCCAAAGUUUUCCAUUGCAGACGACAUUUCUGAAGUAUAUAAUUUACUCAGGAUUCAUGAAUGCAUUAAUGGUCAAAAGCCUUUAAGAGCUGUGAUUGAUAUAGAUGCUUCACAGGAAGAUAUGGAAACAUCUGGUGUUAAGGCACAAAAACUACCAUAUUUAUACGUACUGGCUCUUCUUAUUGACCAUCACGAACUCAAAGUAUUUACUGAAUUAGUAUAUACCAUAACUGGUGAAAAAUUCGGCAAAUACAUUGAUAGAGGAUUGCCUGGUCAAAAUUUUAACCUUCGCCUAAUUGGUUCAGCAAAAAAAGGUUGUGUAAAGCGUAUUCUUCAAUUUUCACUAGAUAAUAGCUGGAAUAAACUUGAUCAUGCUAGAGUUCAACCACCUUCUAGCUUGAGACUUGAAGUAAGACCUCAUAUGCUUAGCACAGAAAAAAAUAACAAUUCACCAAGAAUAAUCGUAGAUCAAAUAUAUUACAAAAAUACGCAGAACUAG